AACAAGCAAACAGAUGUAAAUUGUAAAGAAUAAUGUUAAAGGAGUGCCAAGAUUUUGCUCGACGACUGCCCUUUUGUGGAAAAAUGUUUUUCAUACUUUCGAUCAAGUGGUUGGAAAUUCUUCAAAUAUCAAAACUUCUUAAUUUGGCCCAAUGAGCAAAUAUUGGGGAGCAUCGUUCAUUUUAGUAGCCAAUUUAAAUACAACUCAGUAACCGAGAUGUCAACAAUGAAGUUUCUCAUCCUGGGCUUUUGCUUUUCUCCCCUUCUGGUGAGAUUUGAAGUGACUCAUGCCAUUAGUUGCAUAGACCCCAGCAACAAUUUUUUCUCAUCGCUUGUGCACGUAAAUCCCGCUCAUCUUCAGCCUCCGGAGUUGACAGAGCAGCAAAAGCAGUCGUACACAAAUGACUUCACUUGUGAGUAUAUCGAGCCAUCAGAAACAAUCCCAACUUCCGCCCAUGCACUGAGACCCGGUGACGUAAAAAUUGUGGCGGCGCUUGGCGAUUCUCUGACUGCGGCUAAUGGCGCCGGUGCUACGACCAUUUAUGGAGUGGUGAACAACUACCGAGGGCUCUCGUUCAGCAGCGGGGGGUACUACGACGAAUCUCCUUUCAACUCCAACAACAACGACAAUGUUAAACAGCAUUUUUCGCUCCCCAAUGCGCUCAAGUUCUACAACCCCUCAAUCAAAGGAUGGGCUUCUGGAAUCGCAGGUCCGGGUGAAGAAAAUGCCGCUCUGGACGAAGCCGUGGCUGGCUCCAAAGCUAUUAAUUUGACACAGCAAGCCAAAAAUUUAAUCAAAGACUUGCAGGACGAUCCAGAAUAUGAUUACGACAAUGACUGGAAACUGGUCACUGUGUUCAUUGGUGGAAACAACUUGUGUCAGAUUUGUACCGACAGUCGAAGCACUCCGGAUGCAUACACAGCUGACGUUCAAGCUGCUCUGGAUAUUCUGCAGGAAAAUUUGCCCAAAACUUUUGUGAACUUGUUGACCAUUUUCAACAUCAACGUUGUAAGUGCUCUUGGUAAGGACCAGUUUGUAUGUAGUAAAGCUCACGAGUGCUUCUGCUACUGCGCAAUGCUUGAUGACGCUUACAGUAAAAUAACUAUGCAACAGUACAACGGACUCUACAGAGACAAUAUAUGGGAACUCAUUCAGACCAGGAGAUACGACACGAGAGAAGACUUCACUGUCGUCAUCCAGCCCUUCCUGCAAGACGUCGCACCUCCCUUUUUGGAGGACGGAACUCCUGAUUUGUCCUACUUUGCACCUGAUUGUUUCCAUUUCAGCAAGAAGGGUCACAACUAUGCCGGGGAGGGGCUCUGGAACAAUAUGUUCCAGAAAACUGGGUCCAAAAAGACUUAUUGGGUUCUGGGCGAGGAGCUGUAUUGUCCGACCAAAGAAGAACCAUACAUAUGGACUUACUUCAACAGCAAAUAACUCUAUGACAACUCAAUAAUGAGCUGCAACUUAUCAAACAUGAUAAACUCUGUAGAACUGUAGUCAGCUACUUACCGUUUAAAUUAAUUUUCAAAAAGCGUCUACUCGAAACAAAGGAAAAAACUUAAGUUUUUUUUAUCUCCUAAAGGGUGAGCAUCAUUUGUGAAUCGCCUAAAUUUUGCUUUCUACUUUAUAAGUGGUCGGGAGUCGGGGCUAGAAACGUCGAUUCACCCUUAAAGUAAAAAAAACUUUCUGGAUAAAUUUUAAACAAAA